CACUGCUCUGCUCUGCUAGACUGCCAGACUCCCUGACACAGAAAGAGAGAGACGCACCUACAAACAGAAGAAGAAGUUGAUAUUAAAGGAACCUAUUCCAGCUGACGUGGACUGGAGACAUGACCAAAGAGACUGAGACUCUGGGACUGGUCUUUCAGAGCGAGAACUUCAACUAUAACCGUUACACCAACCACAUGAUGGACUCCUGGUCCUACUUGGAGACCACUGUCCCUGAGCCAAACCACUCUAAACCCAGACUCCACCCAGGAGACGACCUGGCAGCAUUAACUAUGCUUUAUGAACAGUGCAAGAACCAGAAAGAGCAGAAGAUGGCUGUCUGCAACCGCGCUGGCAACAUCUGCAAAACAGAGAGGACUCCAAACAACACCAAUGACUAUGUUUCAUUGGAGGCGUUAAGCCAUCCCCAAGAGAUUUUGGGAUCUAAGCAGAACACCUCCCUGCCCAUCUCUGUUCCCACCACCUCAGACACCUAUGCCACCCUGACCAGUGUUGUAGCAGACACAUACGACAAGCAAGAACUCAACAUCAUCUUUGACUCCCUGCUGCAGAAGUGGCCAGAGCCCGGUGCUUUUCCCGACCCCAGCACUGAGACUCUUCCCUACAGUGAUCCCUUCCCUGACAAUCAAUCCAGCCCGGUCUACUCUGGCUCCUACACCGGCUCCCCACCGGAGAGAUUCAGGAACGACUUCCAGUUUUCCCUUGGAGCUCCCCUGGCUUCUCCUUACAAGUCCAAUGAGCUGCCCAUGGUCUACCUGAACAAGGGACAGUUCUACCCCAUUACUCUCCAUGGAGUUGACAGCAGUGCCUGCCUCAAUGCCACCAAAGUCAAGACAGUAGUGAUGGCUGUGUUUGAGAAUGACAAGACCCCAGAAAUGCAGCUCCGCUUUUGGAAUCACUGGCAUGCGCGUCAGCCAACUGCCAAGCAGAGGGUCAUUGACAUCGCUGACUACAAAGAAGUGUCUAAUGGCAUCAGCAACAUAGAGGAGGUGGCUUUCAACGCUCUCUCCUUUGUCUGGAACCCCAGUGAUGAGGCCAAGGUGUACAUUGGCAUCAACUCCUUGAGCACAGACUUCUCCUCUCAGAAGGGAGUGAAAGGCCUGCCUCUAAACAUACAGAUUGACACGUAUGACUUCAGCUCAGGAACCAACCGACUCAUCCACAGAGCUGCGUGCCAGGUCAAGAUUUUCUGCGAUAAGGGUGCAGAGAGGAAGAUGCGUGAUGAGGAGAGGAAGAGAAGCAAGAGGAGGGGAAAGAAUGAUGCUAACACCAAGUCUUUAGUGAGCAGCUCCAUGGGCAGUGACUAUACUUUCUUCCAAACCUUGGAUGACCACAUCACCCAGCCAGUUCUCUUCAUUCCAGAAACACAUAUCUCCAGCUUGCAGCGCAUGGCCCCUCCCGUGGACGAAAACGACAGGAGCUCUAUGAAGAGAAUGUAUCAAGACAGAGACCAGAACAGCUCUCCACCCAGCAAGCAAGCCCGUAGAGAAGACACCCAAAGAGUUCUGCUGUACGUGAGGACAGCCGCUGACGAGGUGUUUGAUGCGCUCAUGCUCAGCACACCAACGGUGUCAGGCCUACGAGAUGCUGUUUCAGAAAAGUACGGUAUGCAAAAAGACACCAUUGGAAAAAUCUACAAAAAAUGCAAAAGAGGGAUUUUCGUCAACAUGGACGAUAACAUCAUCGAACACUACACCAACCAGUCGGCCUUCCUCAUUGAGAUGUCUGAGCUCGUCCACGGUCAGUUCCAGGUCACACUCAUUGAAGUAUGAGAUCCAGCAUCCCAUCAGCCACCUGCUCCAUUUGAAGGAUGUAACAAAUCACAGCUGCCAGUUUAAACCAUAUCUGAAAGCACUGCCCAGUCAAAGACAAUGUAAGCUGUGGACUGCCGAAACCAGUAAGAGAACCGGACUGAAGAGACCUCUCCAGUUUUUCCGAGCUCAGUUGAAGAAGUCAAACCGUUUCUCGAUUUUGUAAAUACCACUCGCUCCUGUUCUUAUCAUUUUGUUAUUUGAAUUUAAUAUUGUAACGUAAGAGCAAUUAUGAUGAACAGCCUGUACAUAAUGUAAAUAGACUUUAAUAUGACAGUGUUUUAUGUACUCUCCAUGUGCACGUGGUGAUCCAUUUUCCACAAAUUGCUAUGUAUUUCAAUUUUUUUUACAGAGCUCUGUACAUUUGUGUACAGUUUAUUUUCAGCAUUUUCAGAGGUUGCUGUUCUUGCUGCUUUCAAUGUACUUGUCAUUUCUUCUGCAAGACCCAAUGGUGCGUUUUCUCAUCCACAACCUACUAAUAAGGUUUUUCACUGCCAUCAGUAUCAUCCUGUUAGUUUCAUGACUACAACGGCCCGAUGCUUGGUUAAAUUCAUAACUAAAAGUCAGACAUUUCCACCUAUAAAACCACACGAGAGUUAGUAUUGGCCAUCAUUUAGCCCAGGCUGUGGACAUUUCCUGACUGUAUGGUAUAACCACAGAGUUUUUCUAGAAACCCCCCAAACCCUGCCAGAGGACUUUCAUAAUAUGUGUUUGCAUGUGUGUGUAAAAAGCUGUUUUUUCCCCUUAUACGUUAUGCAUCAUUUCAAAACAAACAUGUAUCCCUGUAAUAUUUCAUUAUUAUACCAUGGCAAUUCUGGUUGUAUUAGCAUAUCUUGCCUCUUUUGUAAGAAAAUAAAGGA